CGUCCGCGAUCACAUCGCUCGGAAAGAUCAGAGUCUAGCCAACGUCUUCUCAUCCUAUCGGUGCCAUCCUGGCCAGGCAGGUACUUCCUCUCGUGCACGUUUGACGUUCUUGCCCCUAUAUUCUUCCUCAUCAUUCCUUUGGUGCUAGACAAAUGCUCAAUUUGUCUAGUCAGUGACCAUGAGGAGUUCACUUCUCAAGUUCAUGGGCAUUGCCGCAUGAAGCAGGUGCACAGGCUGCUACAGGCAAGUCGAGCGCUUCAGUGCCGAAGACUUGCCGGGGCGUUAGCUUUCUUCCGUUCCCGCAGGGAGAACGGAAUUUGGAUGCAGAAAUGAGCAGCUAAGUCUCUUCGGUUUCUUGUUGGGUUCUAGCUCGUUGCCGCUGAUGCUGAUCCUCAUGCUUAUUAACAUGGACUAUCGGAUGGUGUUUAUUGUCGGAGCAUAACCUCCGCAGGAAGCACAAAUUUUUGAUGAGUUAGAUCUUUAUGGCUCCCCGACGGAUUCUACAUCCUUGCCGCUCUAAUACUGGUGAUGCUCAUGAACGUGAGUGAACGGAUGGCGCUCAUUGGGAAAGCGUAACUCUUUGUACAAUUUACAACUUCGUCACAGGAGUUUGGUUGAUGCAAUUAGAUAUGGUUCCAAAAGCAUCGACGUUCAAACACUGUUCAGAUACACUUUAAAUACAUCGAGCAGGAGGCUUUCCCAUUUACUUACCUUGUACGCUACAUCACCGGUUUUCUGAAGGGGGCCUGCUUCAAGCGCCUCGAUGGCUUCGAACUAGCGGCCAUCCGAUCUGAACCUGGUCAUUGUUUCUCCUAUUGAUCAACAAUAUUACUGGAAAAAGGCACACUUCUAGAGUCGGCGGGUUGAUCUACAGACUACUGGGUUGUGUUGUCGCCUGCUAGGCUUGACCUCGCGAAUAGCAGUUCAAGGAUGUCCUGCGGUAGGUGAGCAGUUUCCUUCGUGGUCGGAUAUUUUCGUCAUCGACUUCGGUGAUAAGUCUGAAAAUAGGUGCUAAGCUCCGCCUGAAAGAUCUGCACUCAAUAUUAGCAAGAGCAACUUGAGUUGCAUUAUACCCCUACAUCUAAACUCUAGAAAGCUCUGAGGUUUCUUAAGGUUUCUUGGGUCCACUUCACAGGUCCCAUACUUUUACAGAGAUAGAAUGGAAUUCGUGCAUUCCAGUGACUCAUUACCAUGGAUUGGUCGGCAUCCAGACUGUACGUAAGAGGCUGUGCGACAUAUAAGCAGAGAACCAAUCCGGGAUAGAUAAGUCUUGUGCAGGGCUCUUGAUGGUUGAAAACUGAGAUUACGGUGGUUCAUUUCUGUCUGCUUAAGAAACCUGGAUCACAUAUUGAGAGUUCUACAUAUUGCAGAGGACAGCAAGUCAUUCAUUAGAUCUUGAUUAACCUUGACUACAACCUACACCCUGUUGGUUCUCGCUUAUCACCUGAGAGAAAGCUGCUGCAUGCAGGAGUAGCCUGCAAUUGUAGCCGCAUGGAUUUUCCUGGGAAACAGAGUAGCACGUGUGAUGGCGACGAUAUAGAUAGGGAUUUUGAAGUGGGUGCCGGAAGUCGCACGAGCCCUGGAGCCUUAUCAGAUAAUCUAUCUUCCGAGAGCAACACAACCUCCACUACAAUCGCUCAAGAUCCAUCGGAUAAACUUUCUAAGCGGACCGGUAGUCGAGGGAAAGUUCGGCAGUACGUCCGCUCCAGGUUGCCAAGGCUCCGGUGGACAGCCGACUUGCACCAGUGCUUUGUCCUUGCUGUCGAUCGCUGCGGUGGACAAGAGAAAGCAACACCGAAGAUGGUGUUGCAGUAUAUGGAUGUCAAGGGUCUGACAAUCGCUCAUGUCAAAAGCCAUCUACAGAUGUACAGGAGCAUGAGGAGCGACGAGAGUAUCCAAAGUGACCUCAGCUACUGGCGCGGCGAUGGAAAAUUCAAGCACCACAGCAGUCUUUGGGUUCACUGCAACACAGCUGAUUCUAUACACCGAAACAACCAUCUGCUCGACCAGACAUUAGCUAAUCAUUGGCAGACCAACCCCCUUAGCUCGGCGAAAUUACAACUGGAGGCGGAGUGGGAGAUGUGCAGACGGGAGUACGAUGCACGAAUCGCCUUAAUGAUGCUUAUGGAUCAGGGCCGCGCAAGCAAUCCACCAACACCCUUUGAGCUAUCUCCUAGCCUGCAGCAGGAAUCUUCUCCCCCUGUCCACCUCAUGAAGCUUCUGGACGGUCCAGCUCCAAGGCCAAUGGAAAGGGCCUCCAGUUACAGCAGCAUUUAUAACAGAUUCCAAAGCAGUUCCAGGGACUAUCAAGCUCACGACGUGUUUGGGAAAUCGUCCCAACAUGUCAAACGACCAGCGGUCGAGCACGACGCAGCGCAGCAGAGUCGUCACUCCCCAGAGCUUGACAGUUCGCUCUCGCUGUCGCGCCCAUACUCUUGGCCUAGCUGCACGACGAGUCUCAGUCAGUGGAGUACAGCUAUGGCCACGGAGCAUGUUCACCUGGUUGACUUCUUGUCGUUACCAGCAGCGCAUAGCAGAGGUCAUGGCCACAUGGGCGACGGCCUCAUGCUGGACUUGACCAUGUCCACUGGCUACGUCAGUGAGCACGCAGAACAUGAAGAAGCUCCGCAUAGCGCAUACUCGAAAAAGGUCAAACUAGAUUUGACGCUAGACCUUUCGAUGUCCACCACGUCGUGACAUGCGGUCAUCAGCGCCAUCAGCGCCAUCAUCCCCCAGUCUGCAAAAAAAAAAAAAAAGAAAAGAAAAAAAGAAACCCUCGCUAGUUUUGAAUAAUGCACGCGGAGGUGUGUUUUGUUUUUAUUUAUUUAUUUAUUUGUCGAUCAUAAUCCGAAUGGAGCAUGAUCCCGCGAUGGAGGCUAUCACCAUGUGGACUGCCAGAACCAGGGAGCAUGAUUCCUAAUUCUGCAUUGUGAUCAUUGAUCUGGAACCACCACCACCACCACUCCCCCUCAUGGGCCGAUCCCGAAGCUUCAGAUGGAAGUCUGCGACACAGUUGUCGUCACUGCCAAGUAGGUGAUUACACACAUCCAUAGUUCCAGAGCUUUACUGCUCCGCUACUGAUUGAGAGGCGACACAACGUCAGCAUGAGGGAGACUGGCCGCUGAUUGUAGUUUCAGGGGGAAUCAUGAGUGACUAGAUUCCCCCUUUUGUACACUAACUUUGCUCCAAGUUGACGAUGUUCUUGCAUAAUCAGCUGCUUGUGCAGCUCCUUCUCCAUU